AUGGACUUGACCUUUAUCGAAACAAUAUUGCAUGACACUGUGUUUCGAAACACCACCGUUCGAAUCGGUGACGAGAAAGCAACAUUUUGCAUAUAUAGUGCGAUGAAUCAUAUACACGCAGCGCGCGCAACUCAAGAAGAGAAAAUUUUCUUCACUCUAUACCAUUCCACCGCAGAAACUGGGGACAUCCUACCUCCCCCGUACGGAGUACUCCAUAUACCAGCCUGCUCUGUGAUCAAGUCAUGGCACACUGGAAGCACCAUCGUGAGAAAUUCGAGCCCAUGCAUUGGCCGUCAUCCAAAAGGCGCCUACAAAUCUGCCGUGUGGUGGAUGCACGUCCUAGUGAUAACGCCAGGCGGAGGAUGCUAUACCCAAUGGGCAAUCUGGACCACCAGGCGGGCUCCAACACUCUUACUAUGUAUACGAGUUGUGCCAGGGCCCCGUUGCAUAUCCCCCAUGCUGGGCUAA